GUCUUGCAGGGUCAAAUAAACGGCUCAAAAUAGUCUGGGCAAACCACAGGCAACCUAAGCUAAGCAUUUGACAAGCAGAUUUAGGGAUAUCUAUAAUGUUUAUUUUUUCUUUCAAAAAGUUCUCAAUCAUGCAUCAUAGAUAUCCCCAAAUCUACUAGUCAAACGCUAAGUUUGGGUUGCCUGUGCAGUCUAUACUUCUUAUGGGUUUCCUGUGUAAAUGCGUGGUCACCUGGUAAUCUUGUGACCAAAAUAAAAGGUACAAAGAAAAUAUUUCCCGGUGAAAGUUCUAAGUACUAGUUUAGACUGUAUGGGUAUGCAAGAUUUUCCUCCUAUAACAGACGCAGGAGAAAUGAGCUUGGCUAACGAAAGAACAUCGUUAUUAAACGAUUCACCGAAUAAUGGUUUUUGCGGAAGACUCCGUCAAACAUGGCCGUUGUUGUGCAUCGUUUUGACAGUUUUACUUGAACGGACAGCAUAUUAUGGUAUCUUGGCCAAUCUAGUUCUAUUUCUAAAUGACGAACUAGGAUUUACAAGGGACCAGACAGUUAUUUCUUUGUUUUUAUUCACUGGCACGGCGUGGCUGUUCUCCACUAUUGGAGGAUUAAUUGGUGAUUCCUACUCGGGCCGAUUCAAAGCAAUUUUGUUCAGUCUUGUCAUCUAUAUUAUUGGAGCAAUUAUUCUGGAUAUUGUUGCUCUCUUUCAUAAAGCCCUGUCAAGUCAGUCACAUCCUAUCAUGGUCGUGGUUGUUGUUUUCUCGUACAUUUGUUUGUCUUUUGGUGAGGGUGCAUUUAAAGCCAAUACAUCGGCAUUCGGUGGUGAACAGUUGAUAAAUCAUGAUGCUGAAACAUAUCGAAGGUUUUUUAGUUGGUUUUAUUGGGCGAUUAAUAUCGGGAGUUUUAUUGGAUUCAGUCUUCUUGCCUGGGUACAAAUAAAGAUUAACUUUAAGGUUGGCUAUUUUAUCCCAAUUGGGUGUCUAGUGGCUGCUUUUAUAAUAUUUUUGAUACCCAAUUCCAAGUACACUAUAUAUCCAUUAUCAAGUAAUGUGUUUAAGAAAGUAUUUGGGAUUGUAAGAGAGGCGUUCUCCCUCAGAAAGGCCAAAUCAACGAGCAGGUGCCCUGGUCUUGAGGAAGUGAUGCCAAUUCGCAGUUGGUUAGACAGAGCCAUGUGUAAAUAUGGAGGCAGCUAUUUAGAUUCUGAAGUGUUGGAAGUUAAGAAUUUAUUAAGGAUUAAGAUAAUCUUUGCUACACUGAUUCCUUAUUGGUUAAUAUAUUUCCAGAUGAAUUCAACCUUCUUAAUCCAAGGAUUGCACAUGGACUUAGAGUUGAUAAAGAGCAACAGUACAGAAGGCUUUAAGGAUGUACCUGCUGCUUGGCUGAGCUUGGCUGAUGUCACAGUUGUAAUACUGUUGAUUCCACUGAUGGAUAAAGUAAUAUAUCCUUGGUUUCGACGCAAAGGUUGGGAACCGUCACUCAUUAGCAGAAUAUCACUGGGGUUCCUUUUUGCUACAGCUUCCAUGUUCACAGCUGGAAUUGUAGAAURUCAAAGACAGCAGAACUUGAAGAACUAUCCUUCCAAUAUACAAGAGAUAAAUAACAAACAAUACAUUGCAGCAGACAUGAGCAUUUUUUAUCAGGUCCCGCAGUAUGCGUUGAUUGGAAUCAGUGAAGUGCUUGCAAGUGUUGGGUGCUUGGAGUUUGCUUAUCGCGAAGCCCCAGAGUCAAUGCAUGGUUUUGUGAUGGGUCUUUUCUAUCUGAUUGGUUCUGUAGGUAAUCUCUUGGGUGCUGGACUGUAUGCUUUCUCCACUCAUGCCUUGAAUUGGACUUGUAACACUAAACCAACAUCUGCAGACCUUGGACAUUUGGAUUAUUACUUUUAUCUGCUUGGUGGGAUUCUAUUUGUGACUUGGUUGAUAUUUAUUGUAUUUUCUGCUCCACUUCGUUACAAGAGUGACACUAGUUUAUCUAGAACCAAAUAUUCAAGUUUGAUUAGUUCUGAUGCAAGUGACAGCAGCAUCAGUCAUCGAUAUACAUCAGUUGUAACAUGAUGAAUAUGAUUUGAUUCUAAUUUAUGGAAAAUAUUGAAUAUUAAGGACGCUAAAGUGACACAAAUGGAGCUCGUAUAUUUGGUUGAAAACCGAGAAGAAAUUGGUCAGUCAUCAGCAGUCUUACCAUUGUCACAAGUAGUGUUGACUUGCUCAUGAGCAUCAAUGACUUCAUUACCAAUACACCAUAGUAACUAGUUUUUAUAAAACCACAAAAUUGUAGAAAUAUAAAAGUAAAAGAUUUGACCAAAGAGACUGCAGGACGUACCAGGAGAGAAUUAGAGAAAAGGCACUUUUAGUACUUUUUUAUAGCACUUUUAGGACUCCAUGCAAGAAAAAUUCUGAGGACUGCCAAAAUUGGAUGAGGCAGUAGGCAGGGUAUAAUUUGGCAGUCGGAGGAAUUUUUCAACCUAAUAAUUGUAUAUCUAGAUAUGAUUCCUAGCUGUUCAAUUAAGAAUAUAAUUGGACAGCAACCUAUUUAGAAUUUAAUAAGUGGAUAUAUAAUUAGGUAUUAUAACUGGGCAAUUCAUAUUUAUUUUGGUACAGCAUAGUUGUCGUGCAGAGAAUUUGAAAAGUCAAAGUGUUUUUAGAUCUAUUAUUUUUAUGCUUAUGUGUGUAUACACCCGAACAUUUUUACAUUUUUCUGGUGAAAUACAAAAUAGAUAAGAACUCUU